AUGGGCGGUUUGGCAUUGAGUAUGGAUAACACUCAGGGUAGCUCAGAGGCUUGUGGCGGUACUUUUAAAUGGAACUUUGAUACGAUUCGGCAUGGAUCCAGUAACAUCUCUCUCACAAAUGCCCACAGUAGCGUCGUUGGUGCCUCUGUAAAGUCAUCUAAUUCUAGUAGUACCUCAAGAGGUCCCUUGAUCAGUAAUAUUAGCUCAGAUAACGCAUGUGCUCCACACGAGUCUACCGAUGGAGAUACAACUGAUAGGGAAUCGUGUUCGUCUUCUAUCGAACUUACGACUGGAAUCAUUGCAGCACCCAAAUCUCCACCUAAACCCGCUUCUCCGGAGCUCCCAUUGCGAGCUACCAGCCACUCCUCACAAAUUCUUUUUUUAUCCGUUAACUUAGAAUCCUCAUCCUUCCCAUGCCGAAACUCCCCCAUCUCUCUUAUUUUACCUUUUGCUCUCGUCACAACACACUUCAUUGCUCUCGCUUUUCACCUCACGGCGAGUCUGCAAAGUAGCUCUGCUUUAAGCGACCAUGAGCUAAUCGUUGCAGUUACGCAGCCUUCUGCUAUUUCUUUUGCCUCUACCUCAACUCCACAUCAAACAUCGUCAUCGCAUCAACAAUCUUCCCCGUCUGUCAAGGCUCUCCGCCGACCUACUUCAAUGACAGCUAUCCAAAUGGCUGCUUCACCUGCUGUUAUAGUAUCCUCUUUUUCUUCCAGCUCCACUGGGACCUCCGGGACUCCUGGAAAUAGCGGAUCUCCACUGCUUCAAUCCAAAAUGCACUCUAUCAAUGGCCCACAGGACGUAAACUCGUACCAACAACUCCCCCAAUCCCAACAGCAACAGCAAAAAUGUGAGUCGAGCAUACAUGGGCGGAUUCUUGAGAAUUAUAUUUUUUGA